AUGGCAGAAGGAACUCUGUUUGACAUUGCGGAGAAUAUCCUAAAGCAGUUGGGAUCAUUGGCUGUCCAUGAAAUCGGAUUGGCAAUGAGUGUUGAAGAUGAUAUUAGCCAACUCAAGGACAUUGUGAGCACUAUCCAAGGGAUACUUCUUGAUGCUGAGGAGCAGCAGAGCAAGAAGAAUAAUGAGGUGACAGCUUGGCUUCAUAGGCUCAAAGAUGCAUUUUAUGAUGCAGAUGACUUGCUAGAUCAUUACUACACUCAAUUUCAAAAACAAAAGGUGAUGACUGCCAAUAAAAUGGCAAAAAAGGUACGAACCUGCUUCUCUAAGUCUAAUAAUUGUGCAUUUAGUUUUAAGAUGGCUCAUAGAAUAAAGAAAAUUAAGGAGAGACUGGAGAGUAUUUACAAUGCAAGACCACCUUACCUUAACAAACGCCUUGUUGAUGAAAAAGGAGUAGUGAAUUUCGAAAGGGAAACACACUCUUUUGUACAUAUAGAAAAGGUUAUUGGGAGAGGUGAUGAGAAAAAUAAUCUUACGCAACUGCUAUUGGGCUCAAAUGAUGAUGAGAAUGUUUCGGUUAUUUCCAUAUAUGGGUUUGGAGGAUUAGGAAAGACCACACUUGCUCAGCUUGUAUACAACGAUAUAAAUGUCAUAAGAUAUCUUAAAUUAAGGAUGUGGGUGUGUGUGUCUAACGAAUUUAAUGUGAAAUUGAUUGUAGAAAAGAUCAUAAAAUCUAUAACUGAUAAGGAACCUGAAAAGCUUGAACUAGAUCAAUCACAAAAACACCUUCGCAAAGAAAUUGAGGGUAAAAUAUUUUUACUUGUCUUGGAUGACGUAUGGAAUGAGAAUCCCAAUAAAUGGGACCAAUUAAAAAAUUUGUUGUUGAAUGGUGCAAGAGGAAGUAAAAUAUUAGUCACUACACGUAUUGAGCAAGUUGCUAAGAUUACUAGUAAACAUUCGAAUCAUAUCUAUCUCUUAAGAGAGCUAUCUAAAGACAAGUCUUGGUUCUUAUUUAAGCAAAUAGCCUUUGAAUAUGGGAUAGAGCCAAAAGAUUCGAUACUAGUAGAGAUUGGAAAGGAGAUUGUAGCAAAGUGUGGAGGAGUUCCUCUUGUUAUAGUGACGAUAGCACACCUACUUUAUGGUAAUAAUAAGGAAGAUGAUUGGUUACAGUUCAAGGAUAAUGAAAUGUCAAAAAUAAUUCAAAAGGAAAGUGAUAUUUUACCUAUACUCAAGCUUAGUUAUGAUCAUCUUCCCUCACACUUGAAGCAAUGUUUUGCCUAUUGUGCAUUGUUUCCCAAAGAUUAUAAGAUUGAGAAGCAAAAUCUUAUUCAUCUUUGGAUGGCGCAAGGCUUUCUUCAAGGAUCAAACAAGAAGGAAUUUCUAGAAGAUAUUGGUAAUAAGUAUUUUACGGCCUUACUUUUAAGAUCAUUUUUCCAAGAUCCAGAAUAUGAUGAAUGGGGCAAUGUAAUUGCAUGA